AACUACUGUACGUAAUAACUACACAACUAUAAAAUAACAAAAGUUCACACAUCUCUCAAACCUCACCAAACACAAAAGAGAUCCACAAACUCUAAAAUCAAAUUUUAGAGUUUAUUCAACAACAAAAAAAAAUGGCUAGUCUCAGAAUCAUCACUUUUGUGUCAUUGAUGGUGUUGUUGAUGAUCAACACAACAGAGGCACAAUCAACAGACAUCCCUUCAUGUGCUACAAACCUAAUCCCAUGUGCUGAUUACCUUAAUUCAACCAAACCACCUAGUUCUUGCUGUGAUCCAAUCAAAAAAACAGUUGAAACUGAACUCACAUGUCUUUGUAACCUCUUCUAUGCUCCUGGUUUGCUUGCAACCUUUAACAUCAAUACUACUCAAGCUCUUGCGUUGAGUCGUAACUGUGGUGUUACCACUGAUCUUACCACUUGCAAACACAAUGGGUCAGCUCCAGCUCCUACUUCCGGCGGGUCCCCACCGGCUACAACAGGUGGUAAUAAAGCAGCUGCAAGCAGAGUCUCAUUCACUGGAUUCUCUUUUAUACUCUUAUUGGCAUCCAUGAUGUUCAAUUAGAAAAGUGGCUCUUUACCCUUCUUAAACCUCUACUUUAUUUAUUUAAUUUUUCUAUGUAAUUUCAUACAUUGAUUGGCUACUGAGCCAUUUCAGAGUGCGUUUACUUUUCCUUCUUCGAUUUUUUUUAGUGAACUCUGAUUCAAUUUGGGUUAAAAAUUCUUAUUUAGUGAAAGUGCGUUAUUCUUGUGUUGAUAAAUCUAUCUGUGGUGUUUUUGAUAGCACCGUUUAUAUAUGAUAUGAUGUGGAUUCUCGUUCU